AUGCCUUCGCUACAUGUUCCCGUUGUAGCAGUUCCCAAAGGUGAUCCUAUUCAGAUGAAACCGAAUCGACAAGAAGAUCCACAAAUGCUUGACCCGUCGGAUGGCUCUGAUGGCGACCGUCCACCAGACCGGCAACGAGAUCCUCGUAGACCACCAUUGCGGUUUUUCCCGGCCUGGGUCACCCAAUUAUGGGAUCUACUACAAGCCGAAGGAGCAAUUGAGAUGGCAGAAGAAGGUCCAGUUUUGUAUUUGCAGUCCUUCUACAUUAGUCACCAGCAUCAUCCUCACCAACACAUCUCUCGGCCCUUGCGUAUUGACCGAGAUUAUGUUGAAUGGGAGAGAGAUUUUCGUUUUGUCUGGGAAGAUUUUGUAGAUGAGAAUGCACCCAUGGACAUUCAUCUGGUACGGCCUGAGUUGCCUCUUCCUGUGACAAGAGGCGUUGCAGCAACCGUGCUGCUCACACAACAUCCUGUUCCACGUCAGAUUGCUUGCGUGGUUUCUGCGAUGUAUGAUGAUAUUCCUACAACCAGAAGAGUUGAAUCUGCACACUCUCUUGGACAUCUUACAUCUGCGCGGGAUUUUCUCUGGCAUGCAGGGGCUCUCCAGGCCUGUGAAGAAGUCCAGCAACAAGGCUAUGGGCUCUGCACUAUCAAAGCUGGUCACUUUGAGUUUGAUCAGACCAGACCGAUGCGUCUGGUUGAUGGCCUUGGCAUUGUUGUUCGCAUUCCUCCCAGGCUCACGGACCAGGAAUGGGAAGACAUCUUCUUCUCGAGAUUUCGUACAGAUCCUGUGCCGCAGAUGCAUUUUCCAGAAGAUGACGAUGCAGUCCAUUUCAUGGCACGCUCCAGUGCCCAAAUGUUCGCAACGUAUCAAACGGCCAGUUCAUCCUCUACCAGCAGAAGUAGGUCUGCCGCUCCUUCAGACCAGCCCAAUGUGGAUGAGGGGGAGAACUGGCGUUUAGCGAUGGUCUAUACUGUAGAUGGCCAAGCAGUACAGGUUGAUGUGCCCUGGGCAGAUGCGCCUCUUCGAGCUCAAAAGAUUGCACAGGCCUUCUCAAUCACAACAGAGCAAGUCACCCAGGUUUAUCAUGUAGAGGCCACUCCACAAGAUCUGGCACAGGAAGAAUUUGAAUGUUUUCUUCUUCAACAAGAACAGGACGUACCCAGCUCGACGCUGUUACGACUGAUCUUUGUUGACAUUGAAUAUCGUCCAGACCACCGUGGUGAUGCACUGCGAAUUGUACGCAGAGGCUUUUGGCUUCCACAUAGGAGCAAUGCCAUUUCAAUCAUCAGACUUUUGGGGUACGAAGGACACUGCUCCCCACGCUACAGGAGAUGCGCUCUUUGGCACAACCACCAUGUGAUUGAUAUUGAAGCCAAUCAUCUCUUGCAGCUUUCGCAUGGGGACUAUGUCAGAUUUCAUCUACCAUGGAGCCCGGACGAUGACAUGGACUAUCUUUUUGGUCAAGAAUGUCAACCUGCAUCCGAUGAACAUGCCGCCUUAUUCCAAGUACAGGCGAGCAUUAUUAUCACUGAUGGAGGUCAUUUUUCUGGAGCUUCAGCGCCGCACUGCCCCAUUCAGAUGAGAUCCAUCCGUGAGAGACGGCCACCUCGCGACCUUUUGCCCCAUGCUCUUCAAGAGCAAUUGCGAGCCCUCUGGGAUCGGCCACAUCUUCGGCAGCGUUUUCCUGAUCGCUCUGAAGUGAUGCUAUUUGACACAUGGUUUCUCAGCAAUAGAGGAUUCCAUCGAUGCGAAGUUCCCAGGCUGGCCGCUCUACCUCCAGAUGUAAGCACGUGGAUCAGCCACCUCCGGCAUGUAUGGUCUGACAGAGCUGACGCCAUGCACAUUGCAACCAUUGUUCCGGUACAGCCAGGGACUUCAGAUCAGCAACAUGGAGGGCAUCUGAUCCUCUUGCAAGAUAUCUUACCUACACAAGCAGGCUGUCUUUUCAGCCGACAAGGUCCUGGCAAUCCUCAGGGACUACCAGUACGCUUUGCAGCCAUCUUUGAACAACCUAUGACAAUUGAGUCGUUUCUCACUCAGACUGAAAUGACGUAUCUAUGUGGACAGCCUCAGGUUAUUUGCAGAUUGGCUUGGGCGGGAUUUUAUCUACAGCCUGGCUUCUCGGUGCAUAUCCUCUCGGGCACACAUCUGCAAUUGUCAGUUGACACUAUGAACAUUGGAUCUUCUCGCCAAAACAAUGAGGACAUCGUUAUGAUGCUCCAACAGCCCCAGGUGCGCCCAACAGGUGAGCAGGUGGCUCAUACUCACCGGCCAUGGGAUCGACAAACACGACCACUUCAAUGUAAACUACCUGAAGGUGGAGUAGCAUCAGACAGGAUCUAUACCUCUGACCAGCAGCCAGAUCAACAGCCUCCAGAACAUCCGGAGGGUUUCAUCGAGAUCCGACUUGGGGAUGUCAACCAAUGCCUCACCGAGUUACGAGGGAUUUGGGAACAUCAGACCAUUGAAGCAGAAGGUCAUCUACAAGUCAUGGCCUGGUAUGCGGACACAGAGCGCUGGCCACGCUGCCCAGACGCGCGUGUGGUUCAACUCCCCAGUGAUUUGUCUCAAUGGAUGACUCGACUCAUUGAAGCUUGGGAUGACAGAGCAGAUCCAGAUGAAGUCUUCCAUCUUCAUAUGAUCCAGCCUCAUCCACAGACAACUUUUUGGGAAGAGCAUCCAGCUCCACAUGUGCUGCUGUUUCAACGACCAAGGCCAAACAGACGAAGCCUUCAUCUUACGGCUUCAGACACAACAAGAGCCACCUCUCCAUCCUUCCAAUUUGUCGACACCCUCGAGCAUCCUGUUACACAGAGCAGCAUCAUACGGGCGGCGGGAUGGGAGGAUCAGCUCGGACUUUUGCAGCAGAUCCAGCAUGAGAUCUGGUGGGGCAAUGACAUCAUCACACAGGAGGACAUUGCACAUCUUCGUACUGGCAACGCGCUCACUGUCAUUGCGAGGCCCCUUGAUGAAGUCAUCUCCCAUUCUUCUACAGUUUCAGAAGACGCUCCGGCCAAUCAUGUAUCUUUGAUGCAGAUUCGAGCAGUGCGUCAACCAGUCCAGCUCACAUUGGCCACUCUAUUGCCCAUUGACGAGGAAGAGAUUGACCAUCAGGCGGCGGAAUCCACACAUGCAGCCAUCCGCCUCAUCAAAGGAGCAGAGAUUGGUCCUUUGCCCACCUACAUUGAGUGCCAGUCUCCAUGGUGCGAAAAUGAUGUUGUCACUGAGUUGUGCCAUUGGGGGCAUCAAUGUGAUGUUUAUCGAUUUGGUGCCCAUGAUGCAGCUCUCUGUUUUCCGAGAGGGUGGUGUGCAGAAACAGGCAUUAGACACUAUAUGUUUUGCCACACUGACACAACUGAUCCAGAAGGACCAUUCCUUCAUUCACAAGCGAAAGAGAUGACGGAAGUUGAGCUGAUGAGCCUCUUGUAUGACUAUGGAUAUUGGCGAGCAUCCAUUCAAUCAGUAGAAGCUCUCGCGCCGGGGCUUUCUCGUGUUCAGUUUCUGAAUGUGCAAGUGCUACAGGCACCACACACCAUCUGCAGCCGGUCUCAACCAGCCUGGCCAGACACCACACAGCUGACUGGAGCACGAGGGCCUUACUUCGUUCCACCGACUGAGGUAGCUGGUGAUGAUUGUGUCAUUGGAUUAGGCUUUGCGCUCCAUGAUUUCAUGAAGCUGUUCACAUCUGCCGAGAACAUCCUGUGCCGAGAUCCAGCAGGUCAUGACUUCCCAGAUGUGACCAGAGCAGCUCUUAAGAUGAGUACAUCCACAUGUCUGGAUGACUAUGACCGCAUUAUUGUGUACACAGAUGGCUCUUCCAAAGCGAAGGACAGGCACAGACCGCCACUCUGGAAUGACGAGCAAGGCUAUGGAGAUUCCUGGGCUUUCGUUGUAGUGGGUGAGACCUUGACGACCGACGAGCACAAGGUCGAAGUGCUGGGCUGGACCACACAGCCUGUGAUCUACGAUCAUCAAAGUGAGCAUUUCAUUGGGGCUGAUGGCAUAGGAUCGUACCUCGCCGAGAGGGAAGCCUUAGCUUGGGCUGCCAUGUGGCGGCUCGCCCAGAAUUCCAAAGUGGACACUUUAUUUCGUAGUGACUCACUCACUUCUGCCAGGCAAGCCCUCGGGCUUAUGGGAUGCUCGGAAAGGACUCUUUCCUUCAACACAUUUCGUGGCCUAUUCCAAGCUCUUGAAGCAGCCCUUCCACCUGGAGCUUUGGCAGUAGAGCACAUCCACAGCCACACAGGUGAACCAUUUAAUGAGAUGGCAGAUUGGCUUGCGCGCACUGAGCGAGAGAAGAGUUUUUAUCACCCACGACAAUGUCUGGCUCUCAGGCAAUGGCUUCCCAUCAUCCCGCACCUGUGGACCUUGUUUAGUCAGACAGAUGGGCUACCUUCUCUAUGUGCAAACGGGCUUCAUGCACCCAUUCCGCAGUUGCCACCUGUGUCGCUUCCUCAGAGAUGGACAAGGUGGGUCAGCUCCUCUACAAGCACAGGCAACUUUCACGUGAGUGCCGGCACUGCCAAUGUCACCUCACUUUACAAUGGACCAUGGGGUCAUGCUGGGAAGACGGAUUAUUUGCGGCAACAGUUCAUCUCCCACAACUUGAAUUUCCUGGGCCUGCAAGAAACACGCGCUCCAGAGACAUUUGGACAAGUUGAUGGGGUCUUACGGCUGGGUUCAGGUUCUGCAAAAGGCCACUUUGGCACGGAACUAUGGGCAAACCUCAAGAUCCCUUACGUAUGGAUUGGAAGGCGGGCACACUACUUGAAACCCACGGAUUUUCAAGUUCUUCAUUGUGAUCCCAGAAUGCUUGCAGUCCAGAUUGAAACACCCUACAUGAAGCUCAAGAUUCUUGUUGGACAUGCCCCACACUGCGGCCAUUCGAGCGCAGAGCGUGAGCAGUGGUGGCACACAUUUUCCAAUCAUGCACGACUCCGACAUGAUCAUGAACGUUUGCUCGUUUUGAUGGAUGCCAAUGCGGACCCAGGGCCACGUGAUGAUUGUGUGGUCUUUCAAGAUGGUUUUCUAUCGAACGAGAACACGCCUUUGCUGCAAGAUUUCUUGACAAAACAUGAUCUUUGCCUCCCUGCGACAAGUGAUUGCCAUAGGGGGCCGCACGACACUUGGGUGAGCCCGAAUGGAGCACAUCUUCAUUGCCUGGACCAUGUUGCCAUACAGCAAUGCCACAGACAUGAGUGCACAUAUAGCUGCGUGUUGCAAGAUCUGGACCUGGGCAAUGGUUGUUGGGACCAUAGUGCGACAGCGAUCCAAUUACAGUGGUAUGAGCAAUGUGACACCUCCUACAACGUUCCAGGGAUGAAGCCUUCACCAACAUAUGACAUCCAUGGACUGCGCAGUCAACAUGUUCAGCUAGCGAUUGCAGAGUCUCCAACGGCUCCAUGGAUACAGGACAUUGAAUCCCAUGUUGAUGAGUUCAAUCAUCACCUUCUCCAUGGAGUUGCAACGCAUUGUCCACAACCACAACGAGCCCCGAAGAAACCCAUCUUCACAGCAGCACUGUGGCAGUUGCGGGAAACCAAGUUAGCCACCAAGAAAGCGCUCAAGGACAUUUCCAGGCGCCAGAAACACGAAAUGCUACUGGUUUGCUUCUCUGCCCUUCGAUCUCGACCUGCUGUCACAGUCAAUGGUGGCUUCUUCUGGCAAUAUGAUACAUGGCUGCUGUGCAGCCGUGUCCGAGCAUACUGCAAAUUUCAUUGCAUUGCCAACCGAUUGCGCGGGAGACUUCGGCAAGCCAAAUAUGGGCAGCUCAAAGAUGUUUUGAGUGGCAUGACUGCUACCACACCAGCAGCGAAUAUUUUGCACGAGGUCAAAAAUCUUAUCGGUCCAACCAAUCUCAAGAAGGUCAAGGCCAAGACCCUGCCAUAUGUGAGGAACCAUCAUGGACAAGUAUGUCAGAGCCCAGCCGAAGCCCUCGACACUUGGAUAUCCUUUUUCCAGACUAUGGAGGGUGGAGAUCGACUUGAUGAGCAUCAACAGCGCACUGAAUGGCUUGACAACUUGAAGCGUUUUUCUGCCUCAGAGAUCAACCUGCCCGGAGAUUGUUGGGCGGAUUUUAUCUUCAGCUUUCUAUGGGCCCGUCUUCUACAUGAGUUGGAGGCGGAACUCAAGCCACUUGACAUUUUGGACUCCAUUCCUCAGCAUGGAGGUUUCAGAUGUGAUGGAAUUGCUGCAGAUCCAGAAGAUUUUGAGUUGCCUGGCCGCGAUGAUUAUCUCGGGCCAACUUGGAUGGACGACUCCUGCUUUUGCUUUGCAGCAGCUGACCCUUGGACGCUUGAGAGAAAGGCAGCCAAUUUGUGCGGCUUGCUCAUUCAACGCUGCCAAUCCUAUGCCAUGACGCCCAAUCUCCAGCCGGGGAAGACAGCUGCACUCUUGAUUUUUCAAGGUCAUGGUGCGGCAGCUGCGAGGAAGAAAUUCUUUGGCCCUCAAUCAGAUUCCAGUCUUCCGGUACUACUUGAAGGAGGAGUGCAACGAGUGCAGGUUGUCGCCUCCUAUGUGCAUUUGGGUAGCCUCCUGCACCAUCGGGGGGACAUGCGACAAGAAGCACGCCGCCGAUUCAGCAUCGCCCAGGGAGCCUUUCAACAUCACAGGAAAGUCCUUUACCAGAACAAACAGCUGACUCUUCAGCGGCGAGCCGAACUCUUUCGCACACUCAUCUUGAGUAAGUUUGUGUACGGAUGUGAUUCCUGGACGCUCAUGGAAAAGCACACCCGACACUACGUGCACACCUCCUUAAUGAAGCUUUAUCGACGUUUACUUCCUCAGGCAUAUAUCAAACUGUAUAGCGAUGAAGAAGUUUUGCAAUUGACUGGCCUGUCAGAUCCCUCUGACCUUUUUCGACAGCAACGGCUGCGACAUUUAGGUGCUCUCUACUCCUGUUCUGACUCAGUACCCUGGGGGCUUCUCAAUGCAGACACGGAAUGGACGCAGCUGGUGAGGAGCGACAUUGAGUGGAUGUGGUAUCAACUUCGCUCCUCAGCCAAGCUUCCGGAUCCGCAUCAUCACUUUGGUGCGUGGGUCAGUCUCAUGAAAGACCACCGGCGCUACUGGAAGAAAUUAGUACGUCGAGCUGGCGAUCAUGCAGCAGCACAACGAGACAACCUUUUGUCUGUGACUCAAUUCCACAGAGCCAUUUUGCAACAGCUUCAUCAAGCCCAAUGCCUUAUGCAAGGACCACCGUCAGAAGUGCGCGCAUUGACCGGGCCAGCUUAUGGCUGUAUGCAAUGUCGACGAAAGUUUGCAUCUCGAGGUGGGUGUGGGGCGCAUAUGUUCCGAGUUCAUGGACACAUCCACCCAGUCCGCCGACUAUUUGACACGACACAGUGUGGAUGUUGCCUUCGCGAAUUUCACAGCUAUGGCAGGUUGAAAGCUCAUCUCAUUCGAGCAGACUACUGCCGACGCAGCCUUCAGAGACGCAAUCACUAUGUUGCUCCCGUGGCGGGCAUUGGAUCCACUGAGAAUGACCACCAAGAGCGAAUCCUGGAUGGACUUCUUCCUCCUCUACCUGGCCAUGGACCUCAUUUGCCUCAAGGGCGACAUGGAGUGGCUCUGGACUAUAAUUUGGUCCUCUUUGAAGAGAUCUACAUGCGGAUGCUUGAUGCCACCUCAGUUGCAGAGGGUGAGGAUGCAUUGAGAGCAGUUGCCUCAGAAAUUCCCACUACUUGGGAAGACUUCCGCCAGACGCUGCGAGCUUUGGUGCGGGAGGCCACUUCCGAAGACACGGCCGUCCUGGGUAUCAGUGCUGAGGACUUCUUUGGCAUUCUGCGAAAAUUCAGCUUUGAAGGGCCGUGGCCUUUCCUUUGCGAAGAAACUGAAGUCGUGACUGAACACUGGCAUCGCGACCUGAAUGUCUUGGAGGAUUUCUGCAUUCAGGAGGCGCAGAAGGAGCAUUCACGUCAGGGACAUGCACGAGUUCCUCGAGGCUUUGGAGCAGUCCGCUACGUGGAACGCUCUGUCGCCGAGCAUGCCUUUGCACCGAGAGUUUUGCGGGUUCCGGAGACUCCGUGGGGACUUCCAUCACUCCGCUUGAAGGAACUGAGGCAGAUUCGUGUGGGCAAUGACCUCAUGGGAUUCAUCUUGGAGGCGGUCGUCAUGCUCUACUGCGUUGGUGGUGUGGCAGCGCUUGAGCACCCGGCAGCGCCGGCCUCUGAGGAAUCUGUUUCCAUUUGGCGGACACCGAUUUUGGCGUUGCUUUUGUCUCUGCCAGGCAUUGAACUUGUUUCUUUGGCACAGGGUCUUUGGGGCGCUAAAUCCCCCAAACCAACGUCUUUUUUGCUUGUCAAUGCGCCUGACAUGAGACAAAAGCUGCGCAAGUGGCAGAUUACCCGAGAGCUACCAAAGGGUAUCUCGAUCGGAAGGGACCAAGCUGGAGGCUGGCCCACCUCAGUUUUGAAGGAGUACCCGCCAUCCUUGAACGGAGGGUUGGCGGAGGGACUCUUCGUUGCUAUAGGACAGUGCGCAAGUGACCCAUCUGUCACUGUUCCGAGUAGCUUCUCUGACCGUUGUGCCUCCAUGCUGUGUGCAGAAUAUGGAGAACACAUCGGGCCAGACUAUGCCGGCUGA